AUGGAACAGACUACGCAUAGAAAUCGAAACCCAAAAGUAAAUCCAAAACCCAAAGUUCCACCGCCUACGAGACCAAAACCAUCAAAGUUAUCAACAACAUUUAAUAAAGUUGAUAACGACCCAAAUUCAUCCUCAGUCCUUUCAAAGCGUACAAAUACAACACCAAUUCGUGGAACGAACGUUCAUAGGUUAUCAAAUUUAUUUGAGGAUUCAAAAGAUGGUUCAAACGCAAAGUCUCGCGUGGUUCCAUCUUGCCCCCGAUCGCCAAAUCCAAAUGUGACCAUUAAAAAAUCAAAAUCAUUUUCAAAUGAACAUCAGAUGACAAAUGACUCGAUCGAAAUUGAUGAGAGCUCGUUAGUGUUUGAUGAUAUUAAAGCAAAAUUUCAACAAGUUCAAGAUAGGGCUAUACCGAAUCCUACCAAAAGGCCAACUGCGCUCACUACCAACCAUACAAUUUCGAAAAGUCCGGAAAGAGGUAGGGAAUGGAUAGAUGUAGCCGAGGAUAAUUAUUUACCAGAGAUUGAGACUAAAUCUGUAAAAUUACCACUAACUAAAACUUUGUCAAUUUCACGUUUGACAAACAAUAAGCCUUACAAUGAUGUACCAUCUUCAACAAAAAAAUCAAUUUCUUCUGUAUCGCCGGAAGAUUUCAAGGCAAAAAGAGAGAGCAUAGCUAGUCUUCUGGUUAUAUCACCAACGAUACAGCGGAAUCUCGAGGCUGAGCAUAACUUUGAGACUUCAAAAGCAUUACCACCUAUACCUUCUCCUAAAACUCCAACUGAUUUAGUUUGCCCUUCCACAACUUUGGCAGUAGAGUUUUAUAAAAGACCUAAAAGUGAAAUAUCACCUCCAAGUGCUUCAAGUGGGGCUACAGUUAAAGAAGAACGACAUGCUAACGAUAUUAAGAGAAGGAAGAAAUUAUGGAAUGUCACAAAAGAACUUGUUGAAACAGAAAUGAACUUUUUCCAUGAUAUGGUACUCUUGGAAGAGGUUUAUUCAAUUCCAGCACAAGAAAUUCCUAUUUUCAACCCUUAUGAUUGUAAAGCAAUAUUUAGUAAUUUACCUGAAGUAAUUGAUUUUUCAGCAGAAUUCUCUGAAUUAUUGGAAAGGGCAGCUGGUAUGGAAGAUUCAGAUGAUAAUGUUGACAAUUUAGAGAAUGAAAAUUAUAGCACAUUUAUAGGAGCAGCAUUUUUACAGACGAUGACAAUGCAAGAUGGUUAUGAAAGUAGAAUGGAAUCAGUAUAUGGUGAAUACUGUAAAAGGCAUGAAGCCGCUGUUCAAAAGCUUCAAGAAUUUGACAAUGAUGAUAAUGUUCAAGGAUGGUUACAGAAAUGUAAAAAUCUAUGCGAAGGUCGAACACGAAGUUGGGAUAUAGCGAGUCUUUUAAUUAAACCCGUGCAGCGUGUAUUAAAAUAUCCCCUGUUAUUGCAGCAAAUUUUAUCACUCACAAGUCCUUUACAUCCAGAUUAUGACGACCUAAAGCUUGCCUUCGAAGAAAUACAAAAGGUUGCUGAAAAUAUAAAUGAGAUCAAAAGACGGAAAGAUAUUGUUGAAAAAAUAGUUGGUAGUAAGAAAAAAACGGAUGCUGAUAUUAAAUACGCUACUGGUUUAUCCAAAGCUCGUGAAGAUGAAUUAUACAAAGUAUAUGUAAUAAAGUUCAAGAAUUUAGAACAACAAGGAGUGCAAUUGAUAAAAGAUGUAAAGGAUUGGGUGAGAGACGUUAAUGUAUUCUUUGAAGAUCAACAACGUAUUGCUGCCGCUUUUGAAGAUUUAAACACACUUGGAAUUCAAUUUUUCAAGUCUAAAGAGGAAAAUAGAAAAGUAGUGGAAUAUGCAAAAGCUAUUAAGGAACUUACAUCAACACAUGGAAUAGAAAUGGAGGAAGAAGUCAGAAGAAAUAUAAUACCGCAGAUCGAGAGGUUUUUGGAGUUAUUUAAAGCACCUGCUGCGGUUAUGAAAAAAAGAGAAAAAAAAAUUUUGGAUUAUGAUAGAGCAGAGACAAUAAAAUCUAAAGGUGGAACACUUGAUAAGCAUCUCCAGCAAUCCGCAGAUGCCUUUAAAUCAAUUUCAGAUCAAUUACAUGAAGAGUUACCUGACUUUUUUGUACUAAUGACACAAUAUUUUGACAUAAUUGUGCAAGAAUUAAUUAAAAUACAAUCAAAACUUUAUGAACGGAUGGGAAUGGAUUUUAGACAAUUUUAUUAUAAAUUUGUAGAUUCUCAAGCAUUAGAUCAUGUUUCACGUGAUAGAGAAUUGGUGUUGAGAGAAAUGGAUGUAGUUACGGAGUACAAAGAACAUUAUGAAAGAAUAAAAAUGGAAGCAAAAUUAGAACGUCUUAAUAUAUUAAAAAAUCCUGAAGGGUUUGGAACAGAUUUUAAUGAGCUCGGUAGAGGAAAAAGGUCUAGUUGGUCAGGUUCAUAUGGAUCUUCAAGGAAAGCCGAUGAUUUAAAGUAUUAUUUAGUGCCAAAAGAUCACAACAGAAAAGGUGGAUUAUGGGAAGAUGAUUUAGAACAUUCAAAAUUAUUGUAUCAAAAUUUAUUAUUAAAUAAGGAUUAUUUGGGAAUAAAAUCUGAUCAAAAUCCAUUUGUCAAUAAUUUUAAUAUUUUUCAUGACAAACCAGAAAAUAAAUAUACACACGGAAAAUAUUUAACAGAUAGUAUAAUUGAUAGUAGUAGUAAUAGAUCAUUAAAUAAUUCAACUCUUGUUGAUGACGAUGAAAUUACAUUGACGGGGAAUGAGGAGACUGAGCAAGAAGAAGUGGAUAAAGCAAUAUUUUUUUGUACAGCAAUUACUACAAAACGUUCAAAACAAAAGAAUUUGUUAACUUUUGAAAAAGAUAGUUUAUUAAAAAUUAUACACCUUGAUGAGGGUGGUGAAUGGUGGUUUGCUGUUAAUGAAGAGACUCAAGGAAGAGUGGGAGUGGGUAGAAAGAAAGCAUUAGGUUGUCGAUAUUUGUAG